GGGACUGAUGGAAAGGGCAAAAGCUCUGAAAGAAACAUUGCAAACUGUGUUGAUUGUUAACCUUCCUUUCUUCGAAAACAAAUUCCGCAUUCGAAAAUACAUUUAGCAGUCUCGAAAAUUUGCGCAAAUUCUAGAUAUUUAUCUAUUUAUCAACUGUGAGAGACGUUUUCUACUUAUUGAUCUGUCAAAAGAUAGAUUAAUAGCUGUCAUGCAAUCACAUCAAGGCAAGAAUGAAAAUUAUUUGAAAGGAAGCGAAAUUAUUAUUCUUAAUUGCAUUUCAUGCAAUUGUUUAUAUUUUUAUUUCUAAGAAAUUAGACUGUACAUCGGAGAGAAAAAGAUCUACAUAAAUUAUAGACAAAAUGAGUAGUCAAUUAAACAUAACAGUUAGACCUGAAGUAAGAUUGGAUGCCAAGUGGUUGAAAACUGAUCUGCAACGAUUUCUUUAUCGCGAUGGAUUGGCUGAAUUAUGGAAUGAAAUGGUGCGAGAUGGUGAAAUUGUUGGUUCUUUCAGCGAUGGUUUAAUCAAUGCUGCAGGAAUUGUAGCAAAGAAGGGUGAGAAUGGGCAUUACUAUUGUGGUAUGAGAGUAUUAUCUUGUCUCUGCUGUGAUGGAAUUUGUGGUCCACAACAUGGAUGUAAUUGUACUCCAUGUCAGAAACUGGAUGACGAAGAAACUGCAAGAACAGCAGCCAUGGUUGAAAGGGCUACAUCUGCACGGCGGAUAAUGGAUUCAUGGCUUUGGGCACCGCAACCAUCAUUAACAGAUUUAAAAGGAUGCAUCCAUUUAUCGAUAAAGGAACAACGCAAGUUAUGUUGUGAAGUCGCAAAUAGCACAUUAUCGGCGACGCGUUUGAGACAACGACUAAUAGUCGCUAGAAGAUAUUUUACAGCUUUAUCUCGACAUAAGCCACAAGAAAUCAAAGACACCGUGAAUGUACCAAAGUCUAUUGGAAAAAUACAAAAAACACCAAGACCUAACGAAAAGGCAACCUUGGGAUUAGCGCGCGUUGGUUCACGAGCGGCUCUAAAUUUCUCGUUCGCGUACUUAAGACGGGCUUGGAGAUCUGGGGAAGACGUCGAAUUUUGUAGUGAAUUAUUGACCGAAUCAUUGGAGGCGUUGCAAUCAUUACCCGAGGCGACUCUUUUCGAUGAAAGUAAUGUUUCUCAAGUUUGGUUGGAAGUCGUAGAAAGAUCAGCCAAAUUUUUGAGACAAGUUGUCACGGGAGAGGUAACUACUGGACGAUCAUGGCGACCAGUGCCACUCUCAGAUCAACAUACAGCUCUUUGCCUGUUAUUGGAAUUAGUCGCACAAAGAGCCACUCUUUCUAGUUUAUUGGAUUCUGUGGUUUUAUUGCUUCAUCUCAGUGGUAAACACAAAAAUCAAGACAAUCGAGUCAUGCCACCUGGAAGCACGGCACCGCUUGUCCCUCUAUUACGACGAUUGAAUAUGAUACCAGCGACAAAAUCUCGCAGACAUCUCGACGGAAAUGUUACACCGGGACCAUGUGAAGUGCUACUUAAAUAUCUACGACUGCCAGACGAUGAUGCCGUAUCUGUUGAUUUGAGAAAAGCCGCAGUGAUUAUUAUGUGUAAUUUAAGCAGAUUAGCCUCUCCUCUCUUACCGCCGAUUAAUACCGAGUACGGGUUUUCGAGGAACGGAAACUGUAGGCAAACGUUUCAGGAAGUAUUGGCAUGGGGUGGUGUAAAGUUUGGAAAUGGUUCCACUCCCUUUUAUUGCGACGCAAUUGCAGAAUUGGGCAUAAAACAGUUAUGUUGCACUGAGCGAGCGCUGAUGAUAUUAUCAUUAAACGGCAACGUUUACAAUAUGUAUCACGGAUCCGAGACUCAAUAUCCACAGAGAAUACAUGGAUUCUCCGAUAAGCCGGUCACGAUGAUUGCAUCUCAUUCGGACGGCAAGCAUCAUUUAGCAUUGACACAAGACGGCUGCGUAUAUUCUUGGGGCAACGGAGAUGGAGGUAGGCUUGGACAUGGCGAUACUGUCUCGUACGAUGAACCAAAAUUGAUCGAAGCGCUUUUAGAGAAGAAUAUCGUGUUCAUAGCAUGUGGUAGCACAUAUUCAGCGGCAUUAAGUGUCAGCGGUGAAUUAUAUACCUGGGGAAGAGGAAAUUACGGUAGAUUGGGUCACGGCAAUUUCGACGACGUUAUGAUUCCGACUCUAGUGACAACGUUGAAAGGUCACACGGUUGUGCAUGUGGCCUGCGGUAGUGGUGACUCUCAGACCUUGUGUGUCACUGCAUCCGGCAUAGUCUUUUCUUGGGGUGAUGGUGAUUAUGGGAAACUCGGUAGAGGAGGCACAGACGGAUCUAAGACGCCGAAGAUUGUCGAUAAGCUGCUCGAUAUUAAUGUCGUGAAGGUAUUUUGCGGCAGUCAAUUUUCAGCAGCAUUAACAGCCCAUGGAGAAGUAUACACAUGGGGAAAGGGUGAUACAUAUCGUUUAGGCCACGGCAGCGAAGAACACGUGAGAUAUCCCAAAAUCAUCGAAUCGUUGAGAGAUAAGAAAAUCAAAGAUUUAUCUGUGGGCGCAACACAUAUAUUAGCGUUAACAGAAGAUCAGUUUGUUUACGGAUGGGGUAGAAACGACUAUGGUCAAAUCGAUUCCACGUUAGGCUCUGUUAUUUCUGAACCUACUUUAUGUCCGACAUUAUCCUCAAAAACUGUCAUCGGUUUGGCGUCAGGUCCGACUCAGAGCUUCGCAUGGUGCAUGUCGGCAUGGUCAGGUGGAGCUAGUAGAGUGGCCUUUGUUGUUGAUAUAAGUGAAGAAACCUUUCAACUGCUCGAUACACUCCUGGCUAAAUCUUGCGAAGGUUUACCAGGAAUACGACCACCUACGCAAGAUCGUGAAUGUCUAGCUGUAGCUACGCUGAAUUUGCUCCGAUUACAGUUACAUACGAUGUUGACGCAUAAUAUCGAUACUAAAUCUGUUGGACUCGCUGCAAGUAGUACCCUCUUAAAUUCCCUAAAGCAACGUUGUGUUAAUCUAGCGAGCGCGACUGGGAUAUUAGCGACGAUACAAGAAGCAGCGCAAGCAGUUCUACAAACAGGUUGGAGCAUACUGCUGCCAACAGCUAAUGAACGUGCGAAGACAUUGUCUAGUUUUCUACCAAAUACAUCAAAUAAUAUGGAACAAUCGAGUUCAAUAAAUAUAUACAUAAAUAGUGGACAGCGGUUUAUGGCCGAUUUACUUGUAUCCAGUCUAAUGGUGGAUGGUGGAUUGGAACUAGCGUUGAAAGCUGCAAUCAAGGCGGAAAUAGCGGACAUGCCAGAUGAGAAAGACUUUCUCGAUAUAGGAAUAUCGUCGAACAUCAUCAAAGUGAAGACUGAUACGAGACAAGGAAUGAAAGACGGUUUCAAUUCCGGAAAGAAUAUGACGACCAUCUCGUUGCUGCAACUUAUCCAACAAUUAAUUAGAAAUGGUACGUGCAUUACGCAAUCCAGAUUGCAACAAGGUUCAUCACAACAAAUAGAUCGAAAUGAGCACCUAAGAAGAUUUGAUAAUUCGCCCAGCUUAAACCUUUUGUUACGCUUUCAACGGUUAUUAAUUGCGCAAGUAUACGAGUGUAUCACACGCAAAUCUCGCACGGAAGAUCUGCAUGAUCAGGAGAUGAUGGGCGCGGAGUCCCUAUUGAAGAAGUACAUCGCGCAAAUCUGCGAUCACGCAACUGAAAUAUUACCUUUAGCAACCGAGAUAGGCGGUCGUUCCGUCAAAGAUUUCAUUUCAAUCGCUAGCGUCUUAAAAGGCGAUAUAAUUAAUGUAUUACUUUCCGAGCUGGUAACAUGCCUGAUAUUGUUACAAGUGGAUUGCCCUGUGCUAUUGAUCGAUAUGAACUGGAUGGAGAUGAUUGCGCCGAUUCUAGAUGCACUGGAUAAUUUCGUAAAAUUGGCGCCGACGAUGGAGAAGAACGAGGCGGACGAUCUGUCCUGGCCAGGAAUCAUUGCGCCGCAACAUGGAAAUAAGAUAUCUAUCCAGGAAGAACCCACACUGAUACGCUGGGCAGAUUUGGAGAAUCACAAUCGCGACGGUGGCCUCUGGGUAGUAGUGAAUAAUAAUGUUUACGACGUUCAAGAUAUCAGAAAUGAAGGUUCCUGGUCUCCUUAUGAGGUACUUCAGAGAUACGUUGCCGGACGGGACGAGACUUCAGCAGUAACACAAUGUAGUGUACCGUACAGUCAGCUAUCGCCACCGAGAGGUAUGAUGGAUUCCUGCUUCGUCGGUCAUUAUUGCCACUCAGAGCCCGACGAAAAUACUCGAGUCACAAUCGAAGUGACUGAUGUCUGUUCAUCCCUUCUGGACACGGAGAGAGCUUUAGGAUUUUUGUUGGGCCUACACGCCUAUCGAAUGCGACAGAGUUUGACUCUUCAAUCAGCGGAGGAAGAAGCUGGCGUGUGGCUUACUGCAAAUUUUUUGCGUGGCGGCCUGCAAGUUCUGCAACCACCAAAUCCAUACGAGGAGGAAAAGGACGAGGCGAGAAGCAAUACAUCGACAGCUGCUAACUCGCCCACGGAACCACCGCUUCCAAUACAUGCAAAGAACGAACAGCAAAAAGAAAAUGAUGAUCGAACGAUUGCAUUUAUACAUGCACUAGCAGAGGCGCAUAAAACCGACGACAGUCACGUUCGAGCGUUCUUAACGAUAAUCGACAGAUACUCCAAAGCUAAUAAUCUAUUUUCUCACGCUGAUUUUUGCGGCGACCAUCCAGUCGAGGAGAUUAGUCGCGUCCUAAUGGCUGUGAUUGUCAAGCAUCUUGGCUUGGGACAACAAGCAUUUUUAUUAGCAGAACAGGAAUUGAAAACCGCUAAUAGUGCAAAACUGAGCAGUCAAUUAGCCGAUAUGGCCCGAGCGAUUUAUCAGACCAAGUGGAACUUGAUACGGAUUAGGCAGCAACAGAACAGAAGUUACAAGGAAGUAUGCGCGCCCGCACAAGAGAGAUGUAAAUUUCUCUUGUACGAGGUUCGAUCUGCAACGAGUUACGAAGUUAAAGGACUGGAAGACUUGAAAUUAUUGCAUACAAUCCCUAGAUUCAAGAGAGCCGUUCGUACAGUCAUAGCGGAUAUUCGUAGAAACAAAGAUUCAUCUAGCGGAGCCGGUGGUAAACCGGAAGAUAUAUUAAAUGCGUCUAUACAAAAUGCUAAAACGAAAAAUAAAUCAACGGACGGGGAUAUAAUGUCUUCUUCCAAGGAAAGUUUGACCAUCGUGGCUUCUUCUUCUUCUACAAAGUUAGAGGAGAUAUCGGACAUAAAAAACAAAAUUAUGCAAAUGACGGAAAAGAUUCGGUAUGGACCGAUACGUUGGGCUACUGAUUAUAAUGGUUUAAUGACGAGCAUCAUCGAAUUUGUCAUCAACGAUGGCAUCGGCGGAGAUGUUGAGACUUUGCGCCGCGCGAUGUACUGUCAAAUGCAACGUGCUCGAGUGCGAGAACAAGGUAUCUUGAUGAUGCGCGAAUUAUUGAAGAAGGAUUAUUUGAUACCAUCGGUGAAAUAUUCCUUGCUCAACGGUUGGCUCGGCUUGACCUAUGAAAACAAGUCUCUUAGCGACGGAAUCGCGCAUUGUUUGUAUAAUAUACAAUUGACUACUCCUUAUCAAAAAUCAAAAGUUAUUCUGGCUGAAGCCGAAGUAAUUUCAUGGGCGGUACAAGCUUUACGAACUUAUGUCAUACAGGCGGAACUGCCGAGUAAACAGAAAGUCAGCGGAAAGAGCAGUUUGAAUCAAGGUACUUAUACCUGGCUGCGAAAAUUACCAAGAGCAAGAUUCCUACUUACUAUCCUCGGUAUGUUAACUAGUUAUCAAUGUGCCAACGAGAUCGGGCUGUUAGUUAAUUCGGGCCUAUUAUCGAGCAUCUUGACUUUAUUAAGACAAAUCGGACCAUCGUCAGCAACUUUCUGCGAAGGCGGUGAAAGUGGUCAAGGAAAGCAAAGCGGAGACAAUGCCGAGGCGCCGAAAGCUAAGACUGAGAUCACAGCGAUUUACGAAGACUCUCUUCAAAAGAACAAACCACCGACCGUACAGCUCAGCGGAAUGGAGUUGGCAGCAUUAAUGAAAGUGGGCACUCGAGUUGUACGAGGGGCCGAUUGGAAGUGGGGCGAUCAGGAUGGUCCACCGCCUGGCGUAGGUAGAGUAAUCAGUGAACUUGGCGGCGAUGGAUGGAUAAGAGUUCAAUGGGACAACGGUGCAACGAACUCGUAUCGUAUGGGUAAGGAAGGUAAAUACGAUUUAAAAUUAGCAGAUCCGCCGACACCUCCUGAUGACGACAGCGAUGAAACCGAUAGCGAUGCUCCGCUCGACGGGAAUAAAACGGAGAACACUGCAGGUUUCCGCGCAGAAGAACUACAUCCGACUACUUGUCUCAAAUCGGCAUCUACGACUUUACUACGAAUAAUCUUACUCUCAUGCGGUAUAGAAGCGGAUAAAAUACCCGCUACAUCUAUCAAGAUUCUUACUUCCACUCUACACGGUAUAAUAUCGACUGCAAAUAAAUCCAGCGAAUCAACCAUGCAUGUUCAACUAGCGAGACAGCAUCAUGAAACUUGGGCUACUUUCAGUCUUUUAAGGGCGAUCGCAAGAUCAACGAGAUUAUGCAAGUCUUUAAGUUCACAGGCUUGGCUUGACCUUUUAUUGAGUAUCAUUGUUGAUGAAAAUAAGCCCUGCCUCGAGAAACAAAUUAUGAUCACAAAAUUACUGGCAGCUAUUCUGCCCUCAUGGGGGACGGAAACAGUCCCGAACGAUAUGACACAAUUUUUGCAAAAGUCCUUCGAGAUAUUGGGUCAAGUAGCACUCACAUGCGAUAUUACCUCCGGUUCAGAGCUUCAUUCGAAUAAAUGUCGUAUGUCUUUAACCGCGUCGUACAGUUCUACCGUAGCUGAGGAAUUAAUAUGGUUAAUUAGAUACUUGCAUUCUCUCCCCGGUUGGAACGAGGCUAUAAACAAAUUUCUCUCCGCAAAAUUGACUUUAACCGUGGAUCUCUGGAAUGAUAGUCCGUUAUUUCACAUACAAAUGAAUGAGAACGGUGGCGAAAACGGUUUAUGUAUUCAACGUACAAUUAUGGCAACUCUCAUUGUCAUUGGUGGUUUGGAUAAUAGAAUAAGAAUCGGCGGUUUGGUGAAUUCUGACGGUGAAAUGGGUAUGGUCUGCAAGUUUACGAAGCACUCGAAGAUCGUUAUGCAGCUAUGGAACGGCAACGGAACGCGAAAGAUAGUUCCAUUUCACACAGUGAAGCGAAUUAAUGAAAAAUUCCAGUUGGACAAAAUGCCUUUAACGGAAACACUUAUAUCUAUCUGGGCCAAUUUAUUUUCAGGCGCUACUUGCGGGAUGGAUAAACGACCCGGUGGUAUGCCCGUUAUCGCUGGCGUUGUCAACGCUUCGAUAUUGCGGAGCCAACAGCAACAACUCGCAGCCUUGAAUGCUGGUAAAGCAAUGCUUGCUUAUCAAUCGAAAUUACGGAAGAUCUUGAAAUAUCCGUUAGCCAAUGACAUCAAUGACGAUGACAGACGUACCUCUAUACUCUUGCAAGAAAUGCUAUUGCGCGCUACGAAACCGCAACCACUGAAACCGAUGUUUAAACGUAAAGAGUUAGAGGAGGCCGCUUUAGCAGUCUCACAGUAUUUGGUUUCUGAAUUGAGACAUACGCCUAUUCAACGAACGGGCAUGACUUCGGAUCCUACUACUCCUACAUCCGAUUGCUCAUUAGUUUCCUUAACAUCGAGUCAGAGAAAACAUUGUAAAACCAGCGCGGCAACGAGAAGAAGUUCCGCAGCAACGCCUGCGACUCCUCUGGUAGCUCAGUUAGUUGAAAUGGGUUUCCACAGAAAAAGCGUCGAAUUGGCUAUCAAGAGCAUGAGCGUCGCCGAGCAAGGCAGCGUAACGGCGGAAAACGUGGUAGGUUGGUUGUUGGAAAAUCCAGAUGCCGCCUUCAGCGACACAGAGACUUUAUCCAGCCUGGAUGGAUUAACUGAUGGUAGCGAUGAUUCAAUUAGCGAGGAUCUGGACGACUCUCCAUCGGGACAAGAGGGUGGUGCUACGGGUGGUACACCGCCGAUAUACAUGAAACGUUCGGACUUCCUAUCAGUCGACGAGUACGCCAUAUAUAUACGCGAUAAUGUAGUUCCAGGUAUGUUGGUACGUUGCUGCAAGAGCUACGAGGAAGUGGAAUACGGCGAUGUCGGUCAAGUAAUGAAGAUUGAUAUGGAAAACUUACACGAUUUGAAUGCGCAAGUUGCAUGGCAACGCAAAGGCGUUGUGUACUGGGUUCGUUUUAUUCAUAUAGAACUGCUUGGCUAUCCGCCAUCUUUGCCAGGUCCACCGCCUGCAUUAAAAGUUGGCGAUAAAGUUCGAGUUAAAGCAUCGGUAAUUGAACCAAAGUAUAAUUGGGGAUCUGUAAAUCAUCAUUGUGUCGGAGUAGUCACAGCGAUAACUAAUAACGGCAAGAACGUAUCCGUAGAUUUUCCGCAGCAACACGGUUGGACUGGUUGCGUUUCCGAGAUGGAGAAAGUGCCGUCUUGUCAUCAUUCCGUGAUUUGUAACUCAUGCUGCCUGUCACCUAUUUCCGGUCCCAGAUUUAAGUGCAAGUAUUGCGAUAAUUACAAUUUAUGCGAGAAUUGUUUCUAUACCAAGCGAUCACAUCGACACGGUUUCAAUAGGAUUGCGGAACCAGGUUCGGCGGCUGUUUACGCCGGAAAACCAGGCAGAUAUCACAGGCAAGAUUUAUUAGAGUUAUAUUUAAUCGAUGAUUGGUCUAAGUGUAUUAGAACCUUGAGUGUAUCUUCGCGAGAGAACUGGGCCACACGUUUGGUAGACGGAUCUGGAAAAUAUUGGCAAAGUUGCGGAUCGCAAGGGAAACAUUGGAUUCGUCUUGAGAUGUUGUCCGGAAUCCUGAUAUACUCGUUAAAGAUUAUCGUCAAUCCACAAGAUAGUAGUUACAUGCCCUCUGUAAUAACGGUUAAUGUAGGAGAUUCCUUCACCAAUUUAGUAGAAUUAAGAACGAUAACCAUACGUUACUCAGACACUAUUGUUACACUGCUUCAAGAUAUGAAGGAAUAUUAUCCUUGUGUAGAAAUAGCGAUCAAACAAUGUCGAAAUGGAGGCAUAGAUUGCAAGAUACACGGUUUGCGCAUACUCGGUCGUCAGAAUAUGUUUGAGAAUCAGCUGACGACUUCGGUCUCUUUUCUUGCAUCCGACUGGGAAGUCUUGCAAGAACAAGUGGCGGUACAACGCAGUGUUGAUACAACACCACCUCAAGAAUCGGCUGUCUAUGUUUGGGGUUUGAAUGAUAAGGAUCAAUUGGGAGGUCUGAAGGGAUCUAAAAUUAAGCUACCGGUGUACAGCGAAGUUCUAUCAAAAUUAAAACCUAUCCAUAUAGCCGGAGGAAGCAAGACUCUCUUUAUCGUCAGCCAAGAAGGCAAGUUGUAUGCUUGCGGAGAAGGAACAAAUGGCAGAUUGGGUUUAGGAGACGAUAACAAUGUCUGUGAACCAAAGCCCAUACCUUUCCUAAGUCAAUUUGUGAUUAAGAAAGUGGCCGUGCAUUCCGGUGGAAAACACGCAUUAGCGCUUACUCAGGACGGUAAAGUAUUCUCAUGGGGCGAAGGCGAGGAUGGCAAAUUGGGACACGGAAAUAGCAUAUCGCUGGAUAAACCGAAGCUUAUCGAGACAUUGAAAUCGAAGAGGAUUCGAGAUAUCGCUUGUGGAUCGGGUCAUUCGGCAGCAAUCGCGAGUAACGGCGAACUGUAUACCUGGGGCUUAGGCGAGUAUGGUAGAUUAGGCCAUGGAGAUACUGUUACACAAACGAGACCGAAACUAGUACAGGCUUUAGUCGGACAUAGAGUAGUCCAAGUAGCCUGCGGUAGCAGGGAUGCACAAACAAUGGCUUUGACUACUGAUGGUUGUAUAUAUUCCUGGGGCGAUGGUGACUUUGGCAAACUUGGUCGUGGUGGAAGUGAUGGUUGUUAUACACCUUUAGUGAUAGAUCGGUUGAAUGGUUUGGGCGUCGUACAGGUGGAAUGCGGCGCGCAAUUUUCCCUUGCUUUGACGAAAUACGGCGAAGUAUGGACAUGGGGAAAAGGAGAUUAUUUCCGCUUAGGUCAUGGUAACGAUCAUCACGUUCGAAAGCCCACGCUGGUUGAAGGUCUCCGAGGCAAGAAAAUUGUUCAUGUGGCCGUUGGUGCAUUGCAUUGUCUUGCGGUGACUGACACAGGUCAAGUGUACGCUUGGGGUGAUAACGAUCACGGGCAACAAGGUAAUGGCACGACGAGCGUCAAUCGAAAACCAUCAUUGGUACAUGAGCUGGAGGAUGCGAGAGUGAACAGAGUAUCUUGUGGCUCGAGUCAUAGCAUAGCCUGGGUAUUAGUCGAUCAGCCAAGUAGUGGAAAUCAAGAACCGGUUACGUUCUCAACAGCGAGAGACCCGUUAGGCCAGAUGUGUCUAGGUCUGAAUAACGCGUCGGAGCAAAACGGCACUGUCGCCACGAGUAAUAAUGUCGGCACCACUAGGCCAUCCCUCGCCAGUAUAAUACUUUCGCUAGAGAGUAAUGUUGCCAAACAGCAAGCCUUACAGCAUGUAAUUAAUGCUCUUCUCAUUAUGCAGGCACGAGCAGCGAUAGUGACGGCUUUGCAGAGUCAUUCAACACUGAACAACUCUGUGUCAAUGAAGCACGCACCGAUGCCAAUAAUGGAUGUCAUUCCAUCGUCGGAGGUAAUUAUGACAUCGAGUACCGAACACACAGUUUAUCAAAACGUUGGUGACAUUGCACAAGGCGGAGGUGAAGCUCCGGCAAACGUUGCCGAGGCGGUCAAUGUAGUAACUGCUAGUCCCAAGAUGACUCCCGAAUCGGAAGAUUAUCCAUUAGCCAUGUUAGCCAUGUCUAUGUCAAGUUCUGCUAGUUUAUCUUCGCGCGCUUCAAGAAUGUCGACAAGUGCGAUGAGUGUUAUAGCUGCUACUUUAACAUCCAACGCACAGGUAGUGGGAGAGGAUGCUGUCGCGGCAUUCGGCCUGGAUGAAUUUACAUCGGCAUUAACGGAAGAUGAUGCCAGAGUUCUAGUUGACUUGUUGAAACUGGCUGUAGCUAAUAGAGUUUGCGCGUCGGCUAAAGAAACGAUAUCGUCGGUACUAAUUGCCUUAGGUAAGAUCAAUAGCUCCAUCGGCAGCAUGUUGCUGGAAUUAUGCGUAACAGAAUUGGAGGAUACUGCGGCGAAUAGCAACUGCGUCAACAAUACGCCACAACCCGUAGUGCAGGAGACACCGCAUCCUUAUAUAGAUGACACAACAUUGACGGGUCACGUAAAAAUUCCUGGCGCGGAGGCGCUUCGAGUGGAAUUUGAUCGACAAUGCUCCACGGAGAAACGGCACGAUCCGCUCACAAUAAUGGAUGGAAGCGGUAGAGUGGUGGCCGUCAGAUCCGGCAGAGAGUGGACCGAGUGGGGUCCAGAAAUUAAGAUUCAAGGUGAUGAAUUGAAGUGGCGAUUCUGUUCAGACGGAUCUGUCAACGGUUGGGGCUGGAAAUUUACCGUAUAUCCCAUUCUAGCGAAAAUGGCGCCGUACGAGCUCGGAUCCGAUCGUGCGGUGCUGUCGCAGCCAACCAUAGCUUUGGCCGAACAUCUACUUAUAGAUAAUAGUCUGAUAAAUUCCGAUGGGAAUGUUGCCUCUCGUCUGGCCACCGCUCUAGGCCAAUGCAGUCAACUAAGUACUCUAUCGGCACAGCAGAGGAUGUGGGCGUUGAGAAAAUUACAGGUGGUUUAUACAAAUGGACCAGGUAUAAGACCUGAAGUCGCACUCUCGUCUCUACUUGGUUCUCUACCGCAAGCUCUUUUACGGCAGUACACGUAUGAAGAUCCUCUGGUCAGAGGCGGCAAGCAGUUAAUGCAUAGCGACUUUUUCAAAGUUCUCGUGGCGCUCGCAUGCGAUCUCGAAUUGGACGGAAUGCAAUUCUGUUCCGAGGUACACAAGUGGUCCUGGUUUCGCAGGUAUUGCCUUGCUGCGCGAGUGGCAAAAUCGCUCGUCGAUCGCACUUCUUUACCGAAAGCGUUUUGUCACGAAGUCACAAAGCAGCUGAACGAAAUGGCAAUGGAUGGAGACUCCGAGUAUACAAAGGAUCACGAAAAUCACAAUAUAUUCAAACAGGGACAUGAUGAGCAAUUAUUACAAUGGUUAAAUCGUAGACCGGAGGACUGGACGUUAUCAUGGGAUGGUUCGGGCGCGAUCUACGGAUGGGGUCACAAUCACAGAGGUCAACUAGGAGGAUUAGAGGGUCCGAAGGUCAAGUUACCUGCACCCUGCGAAAGUCUGUCCGCGCUCAGACCGAUACAGCUGGCUGGCGGUGAACAAACUCUGUUUGCCGUAACUGCUGAUGGAAAGGUUUAUUCGACGGGUUACGGAGCUGCGGGACGCCUUGGGAUAGGAGGAACGGAUUCUGUUAUGAUCCCAACGCUGUUGGAAUCGAUACAGCAUGUGUUUAUUAAAAAAGUGGCCGUCAGUUCGGGAGGAAAACAUUGUCUUGCUCUAAGUUCGGAAGGUCAUGUAUAUUCCUGGGGUGAGGGCGACGAUGGCAAACUGGGACAUGGUAACAAGAUGUCGUACGAUCGGCCAAAAUUGAUCGAGGAUCUACUCGGCGUAGAAAUUUUAGAUAUAGCUUGCGGGGGUCAUCAUAGCGCCGCCAUCACGAAUGCUGGUUGGCUGUAUACAUGGGGAAAAGGACGGUAUGGACGUCUCGGACACGGUGACAGCGAUGAUCAAUUACGCCCGAAGGUAGUCGAAGCUUUACAGGAUUACAAAGUGAUCGACGUGGCUUGUGGAAGUGGUGACGCGCAGACGCUCUGCGUAACCGAUGACGAUAACGUGUGGAGUUGGGGUGACGGAGAUUAUGGGAAAUUAGGUAGAGGUGGCAGUGAUGGAUGUAAAGUUCCAUUGAAGAUAGAUUCCUUAGCUGGGCUCGGCGUAAUUAAAGUCGAAUGCGGUAGUCAAUUUUCAGUCGCUUUAACGAGAUCUGGAGCUGUUUAUACUUGGGGUAAAGGCGACUAUCAUCGUUUAGGUCACGGCACGGAUGAUCAUGUGCGUAGACCGCGUAAAGUAGCCGCGUUGCAGGGAAAGAAGAUUAUUUCGAUAGCGACGGGCUCGUUGCAUUGCGUAGCGUGUUCCGACAAAGGAGAGGUCUUCACCUGGGGCGACAAUGAUGAGGGACAACUUGGCGACGGUACCACGAGCGCGCUUCACAGGCCGAGAUUGAUACAUGCGUUGCAAGGCAAGAAAAUUACGAGAGUCGCUUGCGGUAGCGCACAUACGUUAGCCUGGAGCACCGCGAAAACUUCACAAAGCAGAAUGCCGGCGUCCACGCCUAUGGAGUAUGAUUUAGUUAAAGAUCUAUCGUAUUCCGUACUACGCAAUAGACUAGUAUUACUACAUCAUUUCGCGGAACUCUUGUGCCCUGCUUUGGCUAUGUUUCCGAUCACCGGUCAUGUUGGACUGAGUAAGCUAGCCCCUAUGCUAGUAUACAGUAUAAAGGAAGCGACAUUCCGCAAGGUAAUUCAAGCCACGAUGGUUAGAGACCGUCAGCAUGGACCUGUGAUCGAAUUAAACAGGAUACAAGUGAAAAGGGCUAGAGCGAAGGGUGGGCUAGCUGGACCGUUUGGUAUCAAAUCUGUUUUCGGCCAAAUGGUGUCGAAGAUGUCUCUCCUGACGCAAGAUGUAUUAUUCCUACCACACAGAGUUUGGAAAGUAAAGUUUGUCGGAGAAAGCGUCGAUGAUUGUGGCGGUGGUUAUAGUGAGAGUAUAGCAGAGAUGUGUGAUGAAUUGCAAAAUGGUUCCUUGCCGCUAUUUAUACCUACGCCAAACGGUCGCGAGGACAACGGCACGAACCGAGAUUGUUUCUUAUUGAACCCCGUAGCGGACUCCAAAUUGCAUAUGAACAUGUUUCAAUUCUUAGGCAUUCUGAUGGGCAUUGCUAUACGAACGGGCAGUCCGCUGAGCUUAAAUUUAGCCGAACCAGUUUGGAAACAACUUGCUGGUAUACCUCUAACACCCGCAGAUCUGACGGAAGUCGAUAGAGAUUAUGUUCCGGGUUUACUUUGUAUUAGGGAUAUGGAUUCCGACGAAAAAGUCUUUCAGAGUUUAGAAAUGCCAUUUUCUACCCCCUCCGCUGCAGGACACGAUGUGGCAUUAUCUAACAGAUAUCUUAAGAUAACACCAGAAAAUAGACAUGAGUAUGUAAGAUUGGCAUUAGAUUAUAGGCUACAUGAAUUUGAUGCUCAAGUAGCAGCUGUGCGAGAAGGAUUGUCGAAAGUCGUUCCGGUGCCCUUAUUAGCAUUAUUUAGCGGGGCUGAACUUGAAACAAUGGUUUGCGGUAGUCCAGAUAUACCGCUGAAUUUAUUGAAAUCUGUUGCGACGUAUAAAAGCAUUGAAGUGACUGCACCGCUUGUUCAAUGGUUUUGGGAAGUUAUGGACGAAUUCUCCAAUCAAGAAAGAUCACUUUUUCUUCGUUUUGUUUGGGGCAGAACACGUUUACCACGCACAAUCGCAGAUUUUAGAGGCAGAGACUUUGUUUUACAAGUAAUGGACAAGUACAACCCACCAGACCAGUUUCUUCCUGAAAGCUAUACCUGUUUUUUCCUUUUGAAAAUGCCGAGAUAUUCGUGUAAAGCAGUUUUACGACAAAAAUUGAAGUAUGCAAUACAUUUUUGCAAAAGCAUCGAUACUGACGAAUAUGCUCGAGUGCAAGCUGCAACUAAUUCAGACACUGAAGAUACAGAUAGUUUAGCGAGCGAAGAGCACACUUCGCUGUAAGUCAUUCGCUAAAUGAAAUGUGUUAUUUGUGUUUGAAGUGGCAUUUUGUUGACUUCUUUAUAGAUGUGUUCACGGGGAGAUUCUCUAAAAAAUCCUAUUUUUCUUACACGACAUAUUUAUCACACUGUACUUAAUAUAUGCAUCGCUUUUGUAGCAUAUCUAGUUUAAUGUAUAGUAGAUGAUAAUAAGAAAACAUAAAUAAACCACUAAGAAUAAGUCUA